AUGGGCUGCAUAAGGGACGCUGAGUUUACCUGUCUCAAAAACCUCUCGCUCCAAUAUAAAUUUUAUCUCGCUUUCGAAAAUUCCAACUGCGCAGGCCAUAUCACAGAGAAGUUCUUUGUUAACGGACUAAGUUUCGGUAUGCUGCCAGUGGUGAUGGGUGCUUCAAGAGAGGUGUACUGCGCUGUGGCGCCACCAAACUCUUUCAUUCAUGUGGACGACUUUUCGUCACCAGCCGAGUUGGCAGACUAUCUAAAUUGGCUUGAUAAAAAUGACGACGCCUACGCAUCGUACUUUGCCUGGCAGGCCUACGGAAAGGUUUUGGUGAGAGCAUUUGCAAGAAAUUGCUCAAAAAUAUCAUUGUUCCAUUGUGUUACGCAGAUAUUAUUCGUCAUUUUUCAUAUCUCUAUGUACAGUGGUCGCCAUUGA